AUGUUACCAAAUGAAAUCUUAUUAAAUAUAUUUUAUUAUUUAACAUGGGAUCAAGUGUUAAUAUCACUAUGGUCUUUAAAUAAACGUAUCAAUUCUCUUAUUGAUUCAACAUUUUUAAUAAAUAAAAAUGGAAUUAUUCUAAAUAAACCAGGCUUAUCUUAUCAAACAUUUUCAUCAACAUUAUUACCAAUUAUAUUCAAUUCUUCAUCUCUUUGUUCUUCUAUUAAAUAUAUUUGUUUUGAAGGAAUUAAUUCAAUUUCUUUUGAUUUUAUUUACGAAAAUAUUUUUUAUCAUGAUAACAAACCAAUUGUUUGUUUUCCCAAUCUUAAAUCACUUUAUAUUACUCAAUGUUUAUUAUCUCAGUCAUUAGUUCGAUUAUUAUCUUUACUUAUACAAUAUCAAUUAAAUGAACUUACAUUAACAUUUGAUGAAGAUAUCUACGACACAUUUAAUAAUUCAGAAGAUUCUGAUUACGGUAAUUAA